UCAUUACCUCAUUCGUCUCUCUCUCUCUCUCUCUCUGCUAUCCUAGUGAGAGAAAUUCAUGGCAGAGUUGAAAAUGGCUCUGCUUUCUCUUCCUCGGGUAUAAUGAAGAUACCAUUUCUCUUCAUCUUCUUCCUAGAAGAUGGCUCUCAGAGAACAACAACAACACUCUCCUUCCUUCCUCGAUGCCCUUCUCUGUGAAGAACAAAACAACUUCGAAGACGAUUUCGAUGCAAACGUUACCGAUUCCGAAACCAAUACCAACGACCCAUCUACUAAAAAGUUCCAAUCUUUACCCUCGAUUUUACUUGACAAUGAUCUUUUCUGGGAACACGAUGAACUCGUUUCGUUAAUCUCGAAAGAAAAAGAGACCCAUUUGUUUUCUUCUCUUGAUGAUAAUAAUAAUCUCAUUGUUGUUGAUGGAUCUUUGGAAGAUUCUCGUGUUGAAGCUGUGAACUGGGUUUCUAGAGUUUGUUCACACUAUGGAUUUUCUGCUUUGACCACUGUUCUUGCUGUGAACUACUUUGAUAGAUUCAUCACUAGUUUGAAGUUUCAAAAGGAUAAGCCAUGGAUGACACAGCUUACUGCUGUUGCUUGUUUGUCACUUGCUGCUAAAAUGGAAGAGACCCACGUGCCACUUCUUUUAGACCUUCAAGUUGAGGAUUCUAGAUUUGUGUUUGAAGCUAAGACUAUACAGAGAAUGGAGCUUUUGGUUUUGUCAACUCUGAAGUGGAGGAUGCAUCCUGUGACACCGAUUUCUUUCUUUGAACACAUUGUUAGAAGGCUUGGUUUGAAGAGCCGUUUGCAUUGGGAGUUUAUGUGGCGUUGUGAGAGGGUUCUUCUUCAUGUCAUUGUGGAUUCAAAGGCUAUGAUGAGUUAUCUUCCUUCUACAUUGGCUGCUGCUACAAUGAUCCAUGUAAUUAAAGAGAUUGAACCAUUUAAUGCAACUGAGUACAUUGAUCAACUCAUGGGUUUAUUAAAGAUUAGCGAGGAACAAGUGAACCAGUGCUACAAACUUAUGCUGAAGCUGUUAGUUUGCCAUGAUGGUAUUUACAGUCUUCAUCAGAAACGCAAACACCUAUCUGAACCAAGUAGCCCAGGUGGUGUCAUGGAUGCAUCUUUCAGUUGUGAUAGCUCAAAUGAUUCAUGGACUGUGGCAUCAUCUUCGGUUUCUCCUUCGCUGCAGCCGGUGUUUAAGAGGAGCAGAGCUCAGGACCAGCAAAUGCGAUUGCCUUCUGUUAAUCGUGUGUCUAUUGAUGUUCUUAAUAGCCCUCGUUAAUAAUGAACAAUCUUAGUCUUUUUACUUCAAAUGUGGUAGCACUCUUUUACAUAAUUCUGGCAGUUAUGUUAUUGAAAUUCAAUUACAUUAUGUUCUAGUUAUUAUAUAUACAUUUCUAGCCAAACAUUUGAAGAUUAAUGGAAUGAGGCAGAGACUGGGUUUCCCUCGUCCACUUUGUCUAUUAUUGUGAAGCAGGGAUCUGAUACCGUAGAAAGAUGAGUUAUGAACUUGUAAUUCUACCUGUGAGUUAUCUAUCCAUUGCAGUUUUUACUCAUCU